AUGUUCAUAGACAAGGGAGGCUUGGGUGUGGUAAUACAUAACCAUGCAGGCGAAAUCAUCGCGGCUCUCUCUGAUAAAAUCCCACAACCUCCUUCAGUUACCUGUUUAGAGAUACUAGCAGCAAGGCGUGCUACCAUUUUUGUCAACGAAGUAGGUCUCCAUGAGUCCAUUUUGGAAGGAGACUCGGAAACUAUCAUCAAAUCCUUUCAAAAAGGUGAUAUGUUUCAAUCUGCUUAUGGUCAUCUCUUAAAAGACACUAUGUUCUAUGUCAAUUCCUUAAGAAGAUAUGGUUUUUCUCAUAACUAUAGGAAUGGAAAUUCUGUAGCUGAUGCUUUAGCAAAAAAGGCUAUAUUUAGUUUUGAUUCAACCAUCUGGAUGGAGUAUGUUCCACCAGAUAUCAACUCUUUUGUAUUGGUAGAUAUACCUCUUUCUUGA